CAGUCGUCCCUCCUCUCCUGCCCUGCGACCGCGACCUCAAUUUUGAAUUCCCUCCUCCAUCCUCAAUUCUCCACCAAACCCUAGCCCUCCCUCCGCCGACCUCCGCCACCGCCUCCACCGGCCAGACGCCACCACCGGCCAGACGCCGCUAAGAAGCUGCCCAUCCAGGCCCAGAUCGAGGCCCCCGCCUCCCCGCCGAGCGCCGCACGAGCCCACCGCGGGAGCCGCCAAGGUUCCCCGCGCGCGGACGAGCGCGGACCGGCCGUACGUCGACGCCGGAGACACCCGUCGAACCCGAGCUUUAACUCUGGUUAAUUUGGUCUAUUAUUAUCCCGGAAGCUGCAAUGACGGAGAUCGUGCUGCCGAAUAUGCAGAAAGCUGCAUCAAGUGAUUACUGGAGUUUGGCCAGCAACCAGUAUCCAUCUGGUAAAUUUCCUAAGGUAUCAAUUGGCAUCCCUAUUCCAAGGACAGGCUCUGUAUCAGGAAGCAGAGAUGCUGCUGCUGCUGCUGCUGCUGCCCCUGCAUUCGAGAGGAACCCAUCUCAAGGAACUGAUGGAAGAUCUAGACCCCCAAAAGCGAAAGGUCAUAAUGCUUCACUCCGGGUCUCACAAGAAGCUGCAAACCAUGGCGGAUCUGCUACAGAGGCACCUGAAGCCGCCCAUGUUAGGGGUUCUCUAUCACAACCUGAUGACCAUGCACGUGAGCAAACCGGAACCUUUUCCUUUGGAACAAGAAAAGAACAAGGCAGCCAGCUUGACCAACUGCAGAAGACAGCCUUUGUGAAUUCACAAGGAAAGUGCCAAGUGGAAUCUGCAGAUAAGACCAAGCCCAACAGUGAAGUUCUCAGGAUGAAGCUGUGGGGGAUUCUUGGCACAUCACAGACCAAGCAGGCUGUUGCUUCACCAAACCUUGAAGACAUUGAGACACCUGACCAGCCUAAAAGUCUAACCACCAAUGUACCAUCUUUAGGGAUCAAGAAGGUUUACACAUCACGUUUUCCUGAUAUUAUCAAGACACCUGAUCUGCUCAACUGUCAAACAGCUACCUAUGCAAAGAGCAAACCAUCCUCUGAUCCAAUUGAGUCAGAUUCUGAUACUCCACAAGUAGUUGAAAUAAGGCCUGUUACUCGCAACUUGGGUCGCAAGAAAGCACCAGCAGCCUCCAAGAAGCAGGAUAAGAGCCAGAGUGCAAAGAAACCAUUGCCUACUUCACGUUCUGCACCCAAGCAGAAAAAACUGGACAGCGUGUUUGUUUUUGAUGAGAAAUGCACACCCAAAACCGUGGGGAAAUCUGCAAAUGGUAACUCUGGCUGCUUGAGAAAUCUUAGAAGCUCAAGUAGGAAGGCUAAAGCAGAGCUUAAGAAGGUCCAUUGUUCUGACACGAUUUCUGACAAGAUCACACAGGAUGCUAGAGGACAGCUAUCUUCUAGAAAUGCACCAUCAGAGAAUAAGGGAGAGAAAACCACCUCCCUUUCCUCUUUGUCCCGAACUGGAAAAACUGCUGAGAGCCGUUCUAGAAGCCCUACAAGGGAGAAACGGCUGAAUGGAAUGGCUAAAGUUGGGCCUCAGAAGAUGCAGUUGUCAGAGAAGUUGCUGCCCAAGACACUGAAUGAGGGUGAAGAUAAGCUCUCUUCGCAGAAAAUUUCAUCAAAGAGCAAGGAAAAUUAUUCUUCAGUGCCGCACCGGAAGGAGAAUUCUAAUUUGAGCAAAGCUUCAGUCAGAAGCCCUCAGGCACAUAAACCAGUGGGAAAUAAUUUGAAGUCGCCACCAUCUGGUGCUGCAGCUGCCAGUCCAUCACCUGAACCGAAAAUGUACCCACGGGGCAAUGAGGCAAGUCCCCAGAUAAAUGGUAAACCAUCUGGCGCUGCUAGUCCAUCACCUGAACCGAAAAUGUACCCAUGGGACAAUGAGGCAAGUCCCCAGAUAAAUGGUAAACCAUCUGGUGCUGCUAGUCCAUCACCUGAAGCAAAAAUGUACCCAUGGGACAAUGAGGCAAGUCCCCAGAUAAAUGGUAAACUUGGAGAGAAGUUUGCCAGUCCAUUGGCAGACAGAUUCAGAGACAUGGGAGAUCACUUUGCAAGUCCUACUUUUGCGACUAAAGUGCUACAUGAUGACACAUACAGCCCCAAGUAUCCAAAAAGUGUGAACAGGUCAAGAUCAAGUUCCUAUGCUUCUGAUCCAGGAUCUGAGCCAUCGGAUGGGAUGGAUAAAACCUAUGAGUUACCUAAAAGUGAAUCUCCCAAUUCUUCAGAAGAAAGAGAGAACAAAAAGCAACCAGAUCUUUCACCCAUUUUGCCAACUGAAGAUGAAACGGCUCAAAUUUCUGUUCCAAGCUUUGGGAAAGGAUAUAAAUCUCGCAAAUGGCUUUCAGAUGUAGAUAGCCCUGAUAAAUCUCCUCCAUUAAAAUUGGAUAGGAAAUCACGUGAUGGUAAAAGAGCCAAACGGCGCUUACCUUCGCCUGUUCCUUUUGCCACUUCUGGAACAGAAGAAACUAUAAUGUCAGAGAAAGAACCAGUGCAAUGUCCAGAUGACUAUCUAACCAGGGCUUUUGAUGAGUUACUGCUGGUGCUGGGAAGGUUUCAAACCAAGAUCAAGUCUGAAACAAGAAAUAGAAGUUCUGAGAUACUGUCAGCUACUGGAGAGAUAAUUCGCCAGCACCUCGAGGGAGUUGAGGUGCAGAUGCAGGAUGAUGUGGAUAAGCUGGUCAAUGCAGGAAAAUCUAAAAGGAAGCGACUAAACUCAACAUUUGAAGAGCAACAAGAACAGUUACGGGUUCUUCAUGAGAAGUUUAAGGAGGAGGUUAAUCAGCAGUUGCUUGGUUGCAAGAACUCUCUCGAGGAACUUGAGGCCUAUCAUUCAGAACUUAAGGGAGUAGCUGAGAAGCAAAAAGCAUCACACAAGAAGCUCCUCCAACAAGCCGAGAGCAGAGUUGGUACUCAGCUCAACGACGCUGAAAUCAAAAUCGCGAAGGUUCAGAAGAGAGCUCGGAGGAAGAUGAAUGGCCUAAAACACGUGCUCAAGGAGCUCAUCACCGAGACCGCAGAUUGAUCCAGCUCACCUGCUCUAUAGGACAGAAGUAGAUAGCUAAGGCGAAACCUGUAGGGCGCGACACCACAUCACAAACAGCAGGUCGACGUACGGGUUAUAUAUAUAUAUAGAAGGAUGGUGCCAGAUCGCAUAUCGGGUUACUUUGCUUACAGUUACAGUUUGAGAAACUAUGCCAAGUAGUAUGAGGCCAUCUAUCCAUGGUUCCAUAGCAUACCGUUUCACCAUCUCUACCGUUUUGCGUCGAUGAAUCCUUAACUUAACCAUGCCGCUUUUCUUUCAAUGAACCGUGUCCUGGUAUUGUUUCUUGUUUCCAGACUGGGUAAUGUAAUGAUCAAGUACAAAGUCGCAAAUGCUUAAGUUGGAAUUGCUGCCAUGUGAAUGUGAUGGUUUAAAUCAA